GAGGAAGCAGAGGAAACUGCUCAGACUGCACAUGGGGAGGAGGGGCUCGUUAUGGUUACUACACAAGCUGAGGGGGUCACCCAAACAUUUGCCCUGCUGGGAAAUGCUCACCUCUUGGAGUAUGGUGAAAUGUUUUUUAACAACUUAUUAUAAAUCUGAGGUCACAGCUGCGGGCUCUACAAUUAGCUGAGAAAUAUCCUCUCUGAAGCCGAGCCAAAAUGGUACAUCUGACUGUAGAUCUGAUAGCUAAAUCUAGAACACACUUCAAAAAGAAAAGGGGCCUCUCCUUGCUGCACUACCUGAAGACCCUCACCCAUCUCUACUUUUCCAACAAGAAUAUCGAAGAGAUUGGAGAUCUGUCCAUGUGCCGGAACCUCACCGUGCUUUACCUGUACGACAAUCACUUAACAAAUAUUUGCAGCCUGGAUUUUGCCUCCAACCUCACCCAUCUGUACCUGCAGAACAACAACAUCACUCAUAUGGACAAUCUCUCCAAUCUGCAGAGACUCUCCAAACUGUAUAUGAGUGGAAACAGAAUUCUAAUGGUGGAGGGUUUGGAGGAGCUCCGCGGGCUCAGAGAGCUUCAUCUGGAGAAUCAAAAGCUGGAGCCAGGGGAGCAGUUGCUCUUUGACUCCAGGACCCUCCUUGCUCUUGCCGAAUCUCUUUGUGUGCUGAAUGUUAGUAACAACAACAUUGAGGAUAUCAAAGAGCUGUCAGUGCUGAAGGAACUCCAAAAUUUUUCUGCUGCUAAGAACAAAUUGCUUUAUAUUGAGGAGAUGGAGGGUGUGUUCGAGCUCUGGCCUCAGCUGCUUGUGCUCGAUCUGAGUGGAAAUCCUGUGUGUAAAAAAAACAAGUACAGAGAUCGCCUUAUAACUGUGUGCAGAAGACUUGAGACUCUUGAUGGUAGAGAAAUUAAUGAGUUAACCAGACAGUUCCUUAUUAACUGGAAAGCAUCAAAAGAAGCCAACAAGAGAAGAAACAACAAUGAAAUGUCGGCUUGGCCCGUGGUUACUCAUCCUCAAACAAAUGACUUUGAUGUGGGUCAGGGUCCACAUCCUGGCCGCAUUUACCGACCCGUUAACAAGCAAGGCUGGGAGCCACAGCAGCCACCUAGGUCCAUUCUACCGGUUAAUCAAAGUCAGGGUCUGACUCUGUUUUCUUAGGGCACAACAAAGUCAGCCAUGUAGCUGUCUCACCACCCAUCUGAAGUCUUCAGAUCUGUACUGGAAAACCAUCAGAUUCCAGUACAGCCUGCUUCUGUUUUGUCUAAACAACUUUUUAAUCACAAGUCGAUGUUUUAUCUUUAAGCCAGGCAGUCUGGAGCUGAAAUGUUCUAAACCUGUUGGAUUAUAUUCAUUUGUUUUAAUGGCAUAUCCUCUAAUUAUUUCAUUUCAGUAGCUAACUGAAUUAAUAAUCUAGGAGAGAGUAAAACAGCAGUUCUUCUGAUAAUCCCACCUGUUUUAUCUCUGAUUAGAUUUUACUAAAGAAAUAAAUCAUUUGCACAACUUUUC